CUACCCAAAAUGCAUCACGUUUUAAAUAUGGCGUCGUAUGCAGUCGGCUGAGUCGAAGAACCAAAACACUGUUACUUAAACAUAACAGGAACAAGAUUUCAUAAUGGACAAGAAUAUGAAACUGUUGCUGCAUGUGGCGAAAAGUGUCCAUAAUGCCCAUUUUUACAAACGUCCCGGUCGUUACCUGAGUUCUUUGGCAGACAGCGGCCUGAAAGCUGAGGGGGACGGGCCGGCGGUGAUCGUCGGGUCAAGCCGGGCUUUGGUGCGGAGACUCGGGACGCAGGUGGAGGUGAGGACGGCCUUCAUCACCGAAGAGGAGGAGGGCGCCCUUUUGCUGGAGCUGGAACCCGGUUUGAAGAAGAAACGUUACGAAUUUGAUCACUGGGAUGACGCUAUACAUGGGUACAGAGAAACAGAGCGUGUGACGUGGGGGGCAGCAUGCCAGACCAUCUUAGCCCGUGUCAGAUCUGUAGCAUUCGCUUCUGGAAGCUCACUUCUUGGGCCCGUCCAUGUCCUCGAUCUGGAUAAAACUGGCUACAUCAAACCUCACAUUGAUAGUGUCAAGUUUUGUGGCAGCACCAUCACUGGGUUAAGUCUUCUCUCAGAUAGUGUUAUGCGCUUAGUCGAAGUAGACGCUCCCAGUGAGUGGCUGGAUUUGCUGCUGCCCAGACGCUCCCUCUACAUUCUAAGGGACCAGGCCAGAUACAACUUCACUCACGAAAUCUUAAAAGAUGAAGAAUCUUUGUUUAAUGGACAAAAAGUGCCUCGACAGCGACGUAUCUCUGUUAUUUGUCGGAAUCUUCCGUCUUAAAAUGCACUUCCCUUUAGCUGGGCUAUGAAUUCUGCCUGAGCUCCGAGGACAAUGUAAAUGGCCUUUAUUGCUUGUGGUUUCUUUUGUCAACUGCAAUAGCAAUAAUCCAUAUCUUGAAUGAACUGUGUAAGAUGUGUAUUAGAUUAAAAUGCAAUUUGUACAGUAUAAUCAGAAUCCAUAUUUUCAUUUCCCACAACAGGCUCCUUGAAAUGCAAAUUAAAAUAUCUGUUUCUCGAAAACAGUCCCCUGUUAUGUAUUGUCUUGGGAAAAAUAUUCUAUUUGUUGGCUUGUUGACAAUCUUAUUAAAUAUUUGAAUAUUUAAGUGUUGUAAAUUGACAAGUUUAGUCAGAACAAUUAAAAAAAAGCUUUUACUUCAUUAGUAUUGUUAAUUUCAUAAUUUCAAAG